GAUGUGCUACCCAUCCUCUAUUUCCCGAUAAAAAACCCUCCGGCCGCCAACUCCGACGGAUUCGUGGUGCUCUUUGUCCAGAAUAAUCUCUACAUUCAGAUUGCUAAUACAAAUUCAAGUUUUCCCAUCAAAAUCCUCUUCGGCGGAGGAGUUCGCCAUCGUCGGCGGCUUCGCGUUGCUCUCUUUAUCAAAGAUUAUCUAAACAUUCAACCUCAUCCCAGGCUUUGCGGUAUCAUCGAAAAAUCCCUAACAGUGAACAGAAGAAAGGAAGCAGCUGCGAGGCUUUUCUGGAAGCAUUUGCAAGGCUUUUCUUUAGCUGCUUGUAAGCUGUCUGCAUGAGCUGCUUGCGACCUGCCUGUUUAAUAAGAAACUGCUGCAAAUCAUUUCAUUGAGCUGCUUGCAACCUGCCUGUAUCAGCUGCUUGUAGAUAAACUUCAACAGAGUACUAAAUGGAUAAUCUUCUUCAGGAAGAUUAUCUAUAGCGGAGUAAUAAAUGAACAUCCAUAAUAUAAUUAUUUUCAUAACAAGUAGUAGUAUUCUACUUGGCUAUUUUUGUUUAAAAAUGAAAAGAGAUGGAAAGGUUUUUGCUAGCAAAUAUCUUUCUUCCUCUCCAAGCACAAGAGCAAAAACAGAGGAAAUAGAGGGGAGAACGGACAGAGAGAGGAAGUUUUAGAAAAUCUUCUGAUUUCACCGCCGCAUCUCAACCACGAAACCACCACCGUAUAAACUCAAUCUCUUCUCCACUUAAUUCUUUCUCCUCCACCAAAGACCCAUCAGUCCCUCCAUCUUUUUCCGUCGAAACUCCAUGUCCGCCGCACUUCACUUUCCUCUCCAGCCAUAACUUCACUGCUCAUUUUCACCUUUAAGCUCUCAUCUUCUUUUACCAAAUAAAACUACUCUAAAUACUCUACCAAGAAAAUGAAAAAAAAAAGAAAUAUUUAGUUCCCUUGAUCUAAUUUCUUUGCUGGCUUCCCUUUGUAAAUUGAAAACUGAACUCAUAGCUAAUGGGGUAAAGGUCUUGGUACAUCUCUUUCGAUGUGAGCUGUUGUUCGGUAUUUUUGGCGAAUUGCUCAAUUUCUGUUUAAGCUUGGGGUCAAGGUUCCAGUCGAAGUUUCCGGUCUGUCGAGGUCGUCAACCGUAGCUUUGGCCUGGAGUUUUUCUGUCCAUUGUUUCGAAAACACAUUGCAGCUAUAAAGUUUGGCCGUAUUCUGAAGCAGAAGAAAAAAGAGAGGGAAGAUGGAGUACAUAUUGAGGACGCUAACAAAGAAGCAAGAAGUGGAUUCUAUAAUUAGAGACACGAUCGACAAAGUUCUCGUCCUCCGCUUUGGCCGAUCCUCUGAUCCUUUUUGUCUCCAGCUCGACGACAUCCUGUAUAAAUCUGUGAGAGAGGUGUCCAAGUUUGCGACUGUGGCUUUAGUUGAUAUUGAUUCAGAGGACGUUCAAGUUUAUGUCAAGUAUUUUGAUAUAACCUUAGUACCAUCAACCAUUUUCUUCUUCAAUGCCCAUCAUAUGAAGAUGGAUUCUGGGAGUGCAGAUCACACCAAGUGGGUUGGAGCAUUUCAAAGGAAACAAGACUUCAUUGAUGUGGUGGAGGCAAUAUUUAGAGGGGCCAUGAAAGGCAAGCUCAUAGUGACUUGCCCCCUUCCCCCAGACAGAAUACCGAAGUUUCAGUUGCUGUACAAAGAUGUUUAGGAGGAUAAAACUCAGUGUCCGAAGGCCAUUGUUUAAUGGACAACUAUAUAACCAUUACUAACCUGUGGAGUAAGUUGGGUGGGUUGUGAAUUAUCACUGAAAUGGGAAAACUCUAUUGAAAUUUUAUAUCAACGUGAGGAAGUGGAUAGCAGCACAGUGAUGUAGGAGUCAAAUGUGCAGAUGUCUUCCUGAAUUAAUGUAAUAUCAGGACAUUUCACUUGGAUAUUUUACUUGCUAGAAAGCUGUAGCAAUCAGAAAGCAUCAAUUUCUGACGGAGUGGAACGAUGCAAAGUGAUAAAGGUGAAGAACCUUUCUCCCUACUGAUAAAUUUGUCAUGGAAAACAGUACUAGAAAAACGUUUUUGUCACUGUAUAGACACUUAAAACAUGCUCUGGUUUAUUUUUCUUUUUUGGGGAAUAACCAUAUGGUAUUUGGAACCUGCUGGUCCGACUAUUGCGGAUUUGCAUUUUAUAGGGCCCAUUAAAGAUGAAAGUGCUUCAUAUCAGGAGUUUUUCCAUUUCGAGUACUCGAGCCCGAGACUUGUGAUAAAGAGUGGAUGAAUCUCAUCUAUCUCACACAGUCACACACCCAUUGGUGGUCAUAUUCUGUUUUAGCUAAUAUGAAAGGUUAGUCGAAAGAAAUCUUUAUCAUAACUGCUGUGCUAUCUGUUUUGGGUUCUACAGAA